CGGAAUGGUGGAGGGGACGCACUUAGCCUCUUGGACAAGUCUUUUUGCCCCACUGUCAGGUAGCUGGAAGGGCAUUUGUUUGUCCUGAGCACUAAUAGACAUGGACAUGGCAGACUACAGCGAGGCCCUGGACCCAGCAUACACCACCCUGGAAUUUGAAAACAUGCAAGUGCUCUCCAUGGGCACAGACUCCUCGCCGGCUGAGAGUGGCAACAUGAACGCAGCCAACCACCUGGGGGCGGGCACACUGUGUGCCAUCUGUGGGGACAGGGCCACUGGAAAACACUACGGGGCCUCCAGCUGUGACGGCUGCAAAGGCUUUUUCCGCCGGAGUGUUCGCAAAAACCACAUGUACUCCUGCAGGUUCAACCGACAGUGCAUUGUGGACAAAGACAAGAGGAAUCAGUGCAGAUACUGUCGAUUGAAAAAGUGCUUUCGAGCUGGCAUGAAAAAAGAAGGUAUACAAUUCAUUCAGCUUCAUUCAAAUGCUGUACAGAAUGAAAGAGACAGAAUUAGCACCAGAAGAUCCAGCUAUGAAGACAGCAGUUUACCAUCUAUCAAUGCACUCAUCCAGGCAGAUGUGCUUUCAAGACAGAUAUCUUCACCUGGGCCUAUAAUGAAUGGUGACAUCAGGACAAAAAAGAUAGCAACAAUCACAGAUGUGUGUGAAUCAAUGAAACAGCAGCUGCUAGUGCUGGUGGAAUGGGCCAAGUAUAUCCCCGCAUUCUGUGACCUGCCUCUGGAUGACCAGGUGGCGUUGCUACGAGCCCAUGCUGGGGAGCACCUUCUGCUUGGAGCUGCAAAGAGGUCCAUAUUGUACAAGGACCUCCUGCUAUUAGGAAAUGACCACAUUAUUCCACGUAACUGCCCUGAGUUAGAAGUGAACCGGGUAGCAGUGAGGAUUCUGGACGAGCUGGUACUGCCCUUCCAGGAGCUCCAGAUAGAUGACAAUGAAUAUGCUUGUUUGAAGGCGAUUGUUUUCUUUGAUCCAGAUGCUAAAGGUCUGAGUGACCCCAGUAAGAUCAAACGGAUGCGUUAUCAGGUUCAGGUGAGCCUGGAGGACUACAUCAAUGACCGGCAGUACGACUCCCGGGGACGCUUCGGAGAGCUGCUCCUUCUGCUGCCCACGCUACAGAGCAUCACCUGGCAGAUGAUUGAACAGAUACAAUUUGUCAAGUUAUUUGGAAUGGCCAAGAUUGACAACCUGCUCCAAGAGAUGCUGUUAGGAGGUUCUGCUAACGAGGCACCUCACACACCUCAUUCUCUUCAUCCUCAUCUGGUGCAGGAACACCUCAGCAACAAUGUCAUUGUGGCCAGUAACAUGGCUACUCCCAUCCAUAACGGACAAAUCUCCACUCCUGAAACCCCAAUUCCUUCUCCCCCCACAGCUUCAAGUUCAGAACAUUAUAAGAUGGCUCAAGGAGUUAUAGCCACUGUACCUAAGCAACCUAGCUCUAUCCCUCAGCCUACUGUCACCAAGCAGGAAGUCCUCUAACACUGAGCUGGACCCCACCAACAAACCCUAUCCAACAAAGCAUUCACAAUUUAAUCAUUUUUGCUAGUUUCUCUGUUUAUAUUUGUUCGGCAUAAAGGUGCAUAAUAAUUCUCACACGUUGAGAAAUACAUUUUUUUGUUUAUAAAUCUCAGGUGUACUGUAGAAUUGGGGUGCAGUAGGCAUCUAACCUGGGGUAGGCCUAUUCAUAUUACAAUGUGAACAAUGUUGUAUUAUGCUGACAUUGUAAAUUGCUAGAACAACCUUAUUUGUGGGCUAAAUGAUAUGCUCUUUAACAUAGUUUUUUUCAGGUUAUCUAUGCCCUUAUACAAAUAGUUCCAACUAGGAAUUUAUAAAUAAAAUAUAGCAUUAUACAUUUUAGAUUUUUAGGUUUUACUAAUCAUAUUGAAAUUUCAUGAACGUUACAAACAGGCUUUCUAUCUGUGAUGAGGCAUUUACUGAUCCUGGUGUUGCACAGUAUUUGAAAGAAAUUGGUUAUCAAUGGCAGUACAAGUCUUUUUGACUCAUAUGGUCAUUCAGGACUUGUAGCCAGAGAUACGAAUACAGUGACGACAUUUUCAUGUCUUCAUGUAAUAGAAUUAUGUGACAGACAAAGCUAAGGUAAAUUAUAGGUAUUCAGUUGGUUCUGAAAAUUCAAAUAAAACUUUGAAAACUUUUCUAUUGAACUCUCUGUAUGACAGUUGCAUUGGAAUCCACGUGUAAGAUAUAUCAUUGUCUAUAUGUUCUGGAAAUUAUUAUUUAGUUGUCUAGUAAAAAGCUUAAAUGUUUGAAUUGAAAGACUUUGCUACAUUAAAUACUGUAUACUUUCUGUAGAGCCACUUUAUAAAAGUUCAAGGCUUUCACAUUUUGAGGAAUUGACAAUGUUUCCCAACUUAAAAUAAAUACAUUGGAUUGGUUUUUAGAUUUAUAAAAUAUUAACAGUUUAGCUGUUAAGACAAGUUAUUGUUUUAUUUUUGUUUGACCGUAGAAUGUUAUUUUGUCAUGGUAAACUACGCCCGGCAUGCAGUAGUGCUUUACACUGGAAAGAUGGGCAAUAUGGUUCACCUUAGAAUGUGAAAAUGAAUAAAAUGUCAAGGUUUAUUUUUA